GUCCUGCCUCCUGUCUCCUGUCUCCUGUCUCCGGCCCCUCGUCCGGCUCUCCUACCUUGACCCCGGCUGCCAGAGUUCGGCCCGAAGCGGGGCCGCGCCGGGCGGGAUGGAGAAGAGGAGGAUGAACCUGCCCAAGGGACCGGAUACGCUGUGCUUCGACAAGGACGAGUUCAUGAAGGAUGACUUUGAUGUUGAUCAUUUUGUGUCUGACUGUAGGAAACGGGUCCAGUUGGAAGAACUUAGAGAUGAUCUAGAACUGUAUUACAAACUUCUUAAAACAGCCAUGGUAGAACUCAUUAAUAAGGAUUAUGCAGACUUUGUCAACCUUUCUACAAAUUUAGUUGGCAUGGACAAAGCCCUCAACCAGCUUUCUGUGCCUUUGGGACAGUUACGAGAAGAGGUUAUGAGCCUUAAGUCCACUGUCAGUGAGGGAAUUCGGGCAGUUGAUGAGCGAAUGUCUAAGCAAGAGGAUAUAAGAAGAAAAAAGAUGUGUGUGUUGAGACUUAUUCAAGUUAUUCGCUCAGUUGAGAAAAUUGAAAAAAUAUUAAAUUCCCAAAAUUCUAAGGAGACAUCUUCAUUAGAAGCAAGCAGCCCACUUUUGACUGGGCAGAUUUUAGAGAGAAUUGCCACAGAGUUUAACCAGUUACAAUUUCAUGCUGUUCAAAGCAAAGGAAUGCCUCUUUUGGAUAAAGUGAGACCACGUAUCGCUGGUAUUACAGCCAUGUUGCAACAGUCACUAGAAGGACUACUAUUAGAAGGUCUCCAGACUUCUAAUGUUGAUAUAAUACGUCAUUGCUUGAGGACUUAUGCAACAAUUGACAAGACACGAGAUGCAGAGGCAUUAGUUGGACAAGUACUAGUGAAGCCAUACAUUGAUGAGGUGAUUGUAGAACAGUUUGUUCAAUCUCAUCCAAAAGGCCUUCAAACAAUGUAUAAUAAGUUGUUGGAAUUUGUUCCUCACCAUUGCCGCCUUCUUAGAGAAGUCACAGGAGGAGCCAUCUCAAGUGAAAAGGGUAAUACUGUUCCUGGAUAUGAUUUUCUGGUGAAUUCUGUGUGGCCAGAAAUAGUGCAUGGUUUAGAAGAGAAACUACCUUCAUUAUUUAAUCCUGGGAAUCCAGAUUCGUUCCAUGAGAAGUACACCAUAAGUAUGGAUUUUGUCAGAAGAUUUGAGCGACAAUGUGGAUCACAGGCCAGUGUAAAAAGAUUAAGAUCACAUCCUGCCUACCACAGUUUCAAUAACAAGUGGAACUUACCUGUUUAUUUUCAAAUAAGAUUUAGAGAAAUAGCAGGAGCCUUAGAAGCAGCACUUAUAGAUGGGCUGGAAGAAGCUCCAGCUGGGAGCUCAUUUUGCCUUUUGGCCUCUCAUAUGGCAUGGGUCAGUCUUAUGAAGUGUUGGUCAGAUCAGAUGUUUUUACCAUUGCUAGCACACCGUCUGUGGAAACUCACUUUACAGAUUUUAGCACGGUACUCCAUGUUUGUUAACGAGUUAUUACUCAGGCCUCUCUCCAAUGAAAGUGCCAAGGAUAAUAAAAAAUCCUCCAUAACUAGUAACAAGGAGUCUUCCUCCAUUACCCAAGGAACCAAUGAGGACCAAGGAAAUGGUGUUUCUGAAACACAAGCAGUAGCUUUCAUUUCCAAUACGCAGCUUGUAUAUAUGGUUGCAGAUCUUGACAAACUUCAGGAACAACUUCCAGAACUCUUGGAAAUAAUCAAGCCCAAACUUGAAGUAAUUGGUUUCAAGAACUUUUCCUCUAUCUCAGCAGCCCUUGAGGAUUCUCAAAUCUCUUUAUCCUCCUGCAUGCCUUCCCUGAGUAACAGGAUCAUCCAAGACUUGAGUGAGUCCUGCUUCAGUUUUCUGAAAAGUGCCCUAGAAGUUCCUAGACUUUACCGAAGAACCAAUAAGGAGGCCCCGACCAAAGCUUCCCCUUACGUGGACAGUGCUCUGAAGCCAUUCUACCAGCUUCAGAGUGAGCACAAGGAGAAACUCAAGCAGUCAAUAGUUCAUCAGUGGUUAGAAGGUGCUCUUUCAGAAAGUACUCACAAGUAUUAUGAAACUGUAUCUGAUGUUCUGAGUUCUGUGAAGAAGAUGGAAGAGAGUUUGAAAAGACUAAAGCAAGCCAGAAAAACUGCCACACCCAACCCUGUUGGCAGUAAUGGCGGCAUGAGUGAUGACAACAAGAUCAGGCUGCAGCUGGCCUUGGAUGUUGAGUCCUUAGGAGAACAGAUGCAAAAGAUGGGCCUGCAAACAAGCAACAUAAAAAGCUUUACAGCUCUUAUAGAGCUUGUCGUAGCUGCCAAGGACCAGGCAAUGGCAGAACAGCCAUAAGCACUUUGGAAUACCCCUGAAAAGGGAAACAGAUUGUUGGGCCUCUCAGACCUGAAAGGUGGCACUGCUCUCUUACCAAUCCCUUUGGAGCAAUGAAGUGCUUCUGGAUGCUUCUCCAGCAACAAAUUGGUGCAUCUCCUGUCUACAUGGUUGGGGCUUAUUUCACAAGCAAAAAAAUCACACAAGUUUUUCUUCCAUUAUAUGGAAGACAGUGGGGGGUUUUUUGUUUAUUUGAAACUUUCUACUAUAGGUUACAAAGCAAAUUAUUUUUAUUGUAAAUCUUAGUGUGGAAGAACUGAUUUCUAAAAUAUGACUAAAGCAAAUAUAUCUAAAAAUCUAUAUGUAUGUAUGCAAAAAGUUGUCUUUCUGACACUACAGUUGGAAGAAAAAAGAUGUUGCUGUGAAGAUCUCACAGUUGAUGAUAUGGAGAGUUCCUUACUCCACUUUCCUUGAAAUUAAAUGGCUGUAAAUUAUUGUGACUUUAAAAGAACAAACAUUAAAAUGGUGGUUCUCUGC